CGCUAUCCAUUCAUUCUUUUGCGACAAACGAUAAUCAGAGCACAACUGAGACACAAUCCGAGACGCAGACAAUGUCUUUCACUGGCUAGUGAUUGCCGAGAGGCAGCCAGUCACACUUCUUAACGAGUUGUCAACCACUUCCAUCCGCGAAGUCUCACACAGCGCAAACAUCAUCAAGAUGCUUCCAUUAUUAUCAAAACUUUUCCGAACGCACUACUCACAUACAAACUCGAGAUCUUUACGGGCUUGACGUGGCAUAUGAGAGCGACAGUACAUGAACAGAACAAUCAACAUCAUAAACGACAAUAUAAGCAACUAUCCACGAUAUGGCCUCCAUCUUCACGUUCGAUCCUGACCCGCCGCGUGUAUCAUCGCCAUGGGCCACGCCUCCAGCUGGGACGGGAACGAACACUCCGGGCCAGCAAGCAGUCACACCUAUUCCUUCGAGACUCGGGCUCGAUGAUUGUCAGCAGUCGCUGCUAAGGAAUGAGAUUCCUAUCAUUGACAACACGACUGUUACGCGACUUGAGGCCGAGCCACAGGAGGGACCAACGGAGUACAAACUGCACCUUCUACUGAAACGACGAAGAUCGUUCACACGCUUUAGUACUGGACUUCGCGCUUCCGGAUCACUACGGCGUGGCGAUGGCACAAGCUCUAUCGCUGUAAAUCGCGCUGUAUCUGAGUCAGGGGCUUUGGGCAACACACCACCACCUUUGAUUUCCAUCCAGUCUAGACAGCAUCGGCUGGAACAGCUGACCACUCAACUGCUAUGGCGCCUGCAGCAAUCGUGUCCUUACCACUUCUCCUCAUCAACAGCGCCUCUUCUUCCACAUCUCCCGGACGACGCCAAGCUCACGACUCCCGAGAUGCCUCAACGGCUGCUGCCAGGCUUGGAAGAGAGCAAGGGUGCGCUAUACGAGAUUGGAGUCGCUGACGAUGGAUCUAUUGUCGGUCUAGCAGAGGAUGAGAUGGAGGAGAGUCUGAACAAUUUGCGCGCCAUGGCCGCAAGUCUCGGAUGUCGGGUUGAGGUGCAGCGCAUGUUGUGUGUUGGCGAGUGUGAGUGGCUGGAGCACAAUGGCACGAAAGAGCGUACGGUGCGCAAGUCGAAGCUGCUAGCUGCCGAAGCCUUGGUCAGCCCAGACCAACAUCUGGUGGACAGCUCCAAAGACACGCAGGAUACCACAAAGGAUGCUCCAGCGCAUGCUGCAGUUGUAGCGGCUGGAGUCAGCGAGACGCGGUCUAGUGUUGAGCAGCUGCGAGUAUCUCUCAUUGGUGCGACCAAGUCUGGGAAAUCUAGUCUAUUAGGCACUCUGUCCACAGCAACGCUCGAUAACGGACGUGGCAAGAGUCGCCUCAGUCUCCUGAAGCACCGACAUGAAAUCGCCUCCGGAAUGACUAGCUCUGUCACACAGGAGCUCAUUGGUUACCGCGAUGUAGUUGAGGCAGAUGGUGCGGUCUCAACACAAGUCAUCAGCUAUGGGUCUGGAGAUGUGGAUGCCUGGGUUGACAUUCACGCUGCUGUUGAGGCUGCGCAGGAGGGGCGUCUGGUUGUUCUGUCAGACUCUGCUGGACACCCUCGAUUCCGACGUACAACAGUCCGAGGCAUCAUUGGAUGGCAACCACAUUGGACGUUAGUCUGCGUACCGGCUGACAACACAGACGAGUCUUCUGGCAAGAUCGGUGCUUCAUCCACUUCGCAAGACAUACUGGGCCCCGCUGCUGCGGACCUCGACUUGUCUCAAGCUCAUCUUGAGCUCUGUCUGACUCUGGAGUUGCCCUUGGUGAUAGUUAUCACCAAGUACGACCUUGCUACCAAGGCUGGGCUACGACAGACUUUGUCUAACUUGCUGUCGGCUUUGAAAAAAGCCGGACGCAAGCCGUCCAUUAUAUCUGACCAGCCGACACCAGUGUUGGAAAUUGACAUCCAGCAGAUAUCCGCCGAUGAUCUUUACGAAGCCGAGAAGACGACACAGCAGCUGGCUAUAUCGCCUCUCUCUCUUGUGCCUAUAGUCUUAACCAGCGCCGUUAAGGGCACUGGGAUUACGAAACUGCACGCCUUCCUGCGACAGCUCCCUCUCCCGAUAUGUCUGGUAGAGACGCCUCUACCAGACAAGUCGCCCUCUCAUCUGUUCUACAUUGAGGAUGUCUACAGUGUCCGAGCCAAUGCAUCUUCAGACCGGUCUGCCAUCAUAGGCGGCUUUCUGCGUCACGGGAGACUGACAGUUGGCGAAGAGCUACUACUUGGGCCGUACCCAAUCGAUACAAGCUCAGAUGACAGCGACAGCGGAAGUGGGAGACCGCUGCGUCAAUCACCGUUGACGACCUCGAGAUCUUACCCGGGCGCUCUGAACAAGAGGAAUACGCCCCUGCGUGAUCGACACGUCGAGUGGCGACGAGUACGCAUUACAUCGCUGCGCAAUUUGCGUUUACCAGUGCGAGCGCUCUAUGCAGGCCAACUUGGUACGAUAGCGGUGGAGCUUGUCGACAUUCCCGUCAUCAGCCCGUCAAUCGAUCGCAUCAGGAAAGGGAUGGUUCUGGCUGAUAGACAACCUCUGGCAUCCAGAAUGAUGACAGUCUGCUUCGAGGGUUCUCAGGCAAGCGGUGCUGCCAGCCUCGCUGUUGGGAGCGCAAUUGUCGUCUACGUUGCCAGUGUCCGAGCCCCGUCAAAGGUUAUCUCGGUCUCUGCUGAGCCUGGUCUUUCGCUUGAGAGCCCGGACCAGGAUGACGAUGAGAAUGCAUUCGGGUUUGGUGGGUUUGAUGACGAUGCUGAUGAGCAGCCUGCUGCCGCAUCGCCGGCUGCAGUCAGAGUUAGGUUCCAAUUCACCGGAUCUAAGGAGUUCAUUGAGCAAGGCGCCAAAGUACUGGUCAUGUCCGGCGGUGGUCCGAUGCCAGCUAGCGGCACUGAGAAGGGCGCAAAAGGGGUGACGGGCUUCGAGGGCUUCGUUGGUUAUGCUGUCGAGCAACACUGAUUUAGGUUUGAUUUUUGUGCGCUGUCUCUGCGCGAGUUCUGCAUCGUCCUUUUGAUCUUCUGUUCUGUUUCGAGUUAUUCAACAUAUCAUUUCUCUCCUGGACCAGCUUCUCGUGCAUUUAGAGAGGCGUGAACGAAAUUUGCAUUGUAAUGAUAUGACGAUCUUCCAAGGCAAAUAUGGU